AUGCAUAAAUCCCAGACGCAUUCAUCCGGUGCAACAGCUUCUCAACUUCACAGCAUCAUGUCGAAUACGACUCUAGAGUGGUUUGGGAACACGACAUUUCGGCUUCGUGCUGCCGAUAUCACUGUCUUUCUAGACACCUGGCUUGACCGACCAUCCGUACUGCCAAAGUACUUAGCGAUCAGUGAUGUGACUGAGGCGGAUUACAUCUUCAUCUCCCACGCGCACUUCGAUCAUCUUCCUGGAGCCGAUCGCAUCGCUAUUCAAACAGGCGCCAUUGUUGUUGCUAAUUGUGAAGCAAUUAACCUUCUUCGACUAGCCGGUGUACCUGAGGAACAACUUCUACCAGUAUCUGGUGGCGAGCGUAUACCACUCUUCACACGUACCAUAAGAGAGCAAGCCAAGCGCGGUGAAGUCUCCGUUGCUGCAGCGCUCCCAGAUCAACCUAGGAUGCCCCACCACUCUCUUGCAUCGUUUUCUGUGCAUGUAUGGCCAUCGCUACACGCGUUCCUGCCGAAGCCUCACCCUGACGUGAUGGAUACCAAGACUGUCUACACGGGCGGUACCACUCCUUAUGCCUGCACUUUGGACAUUACCCAUGGUAUGAAAUAUGGCCUUCUGCAGUUACAUAAGCUCGUCCCUGAGGAGCAAAUGAACAACGGAAUGCGUUCGUUUCUCAACUACGUCAACGAUCGGAAGACAAACGUUUUAUCGCACUGUGACGGAGGCCAGCUGAUGUUCAACUUCAUCAUCAAUGGCAGCGGCCUGCUCUGGAAUGCUCAUUUAGGAGCUUAUGAGGGCAUUCUUUCGAGAAUAGAGCCAAAACCAAAAAUUGCAAUACUCGGCAUCGCGGGACGAGCAAACCAUGAUGGGCGGCCGUUCGACGGAUCUGCUGCACAAUUUGCCGUGAAGCAAAUUCACUGGCUUAACCAACCAGAAACUGUAAUCUGGUGUAUGCACGACGAAAGUUGUAUCGCGCCCUACAGGGUUGACAUUGAGGGAGCUGUGAAUAGUGUUGAACAAGAGACCACCUCGAGUGUAUUGUCUCUGAUACCGGGACGACAAACCAACUUGAAUAUAUAG